AGGAGCAAUGUUCAACGCACACAGAAUCUACUCUGAAGAAUGCACUGACCUCAUCCUGUGCAGGUCUGAAUGUGGAUAUGUCUGAAGAAGACUUGUGCUUUUUUCAUAGUUAGAGCAUUAUCAACUGAGCCCAACUGGGAGCACUUUUCCACAGCCCAGCACACCACGACAAAAAUCAAGAUAUUCCGGACUGUUCAAGAGAAUAAUUAACUUGGUGUUUCAGUAUGACAAACAGGCUCAGCUUCACCAGCCUCCUCCUUCAGCUCUGCAUCUGUCUACAGGUGGCAAAUGGUUUUUCACCAUGCUUCAUUGACAACACCAAGGCCUUCUGUGGAGUGAGAAGACUUAAUCAAGUGCCACCUCUGCCCAAUUACAUCAUGUUUUUGGAUCUAAGUCUCAAUUACAUUAGUGAAAUCGAUGAGAAAUCGUUCUCUGGUUUGGAAGCUCUACAGAUCCUUAAAAUUCAACAACAGGAAACACAACUUGUAUUAAAGAACAAUGCCUUCAAAGGGCUGUCCAAUCUGAGAGAACUCAAUCUGGGGUUCAACCACUUACUACAACUGGAGCCAGGAGCAUUCAACGGGUUGUUCAACCUUCAGACACUUAAUCUCAUCCAGUGCAGUUUAAAUGACUCUAUUCUGUCAGGUGACUAUUUAAAACCUUUAGUGUCCCUGGAGAGACUUACACUAGAAACUAAUAGUAUCACAAGGAUCCAGCCUGCUCAUUUCUUUUUCAACAUGACCAAGUUCCACGAGCUAGAUCUCUCCCACAACUGGAUCAACAAUAUAUGUGAGGAAGAUUUAUUUGGUUUCCAAGGGAAACACUUUACUCUCCUUAAACUGACUGACAUCAGAUUGACAGACAUGGGUCACUUUUGGCCCAAGUGGGACCAAUGUGGAAACCCAUUCAAGAACAUGUCUAUUACUGUGCUCGAUUUGUCUCUAAAUAGCUUCUAUGUUGAUAUGGCUGUGCUGUUCUUCAAAGCGAUCAGAGGAACAAAAAUCCACAAGCUCAUUCUUAGUCAAAGCAGUAGCAUGGGCAGGUCAGUGGGGUACAACAAUAUGAAAGACCCAGACAAAGACACCUUCAAGGACCUAGCAGACAGCGGCAUUCGAAUUUUCGAUUUGUCCCAAUGCCACAUUUUUGCUCUAACAUAUUCUGUAUUAGGUCACUUGUCAGACCUGGAGAGAGUCUCAUUAGCUUCAAACUCAAUCAACAAAAUUGAACGUGAUGCCUUUCUGGGAGCUGCACAUAUUAAAAUGCUUAACCUAUCAUAUAACCUCCUGGAUAAAAUUGAUUCCACAACAUUUAAGAACUUAGAAAGUCUUGCAUUGCUUGAUUUAUCUUACAAUAACUUAAAGAUACUUAUGCCGGGCUCGUUUAAUGGACUGCCGAACUUGCUUUACUUGGAUCUGAGAGAAAAUUCCUUACAAAAAGUGCACACAUUGGCGGCACUUCCACAACUUAAGGUACUUCUCAUGGGCAAUAACAAAAUUAGAUCCUUGUAUGGACUUCUAAGCUCCGCAAGAAGUGUCACAAUUAUUGAUUUGGCUUCCAACAAAUUAAGCAAUGCUGAGGACAUAUAUACUAUAUUAGUAGAACUCCCCCAAAUUGAAAAGAUCUACAUUGAAGGGAAUGUUUUUCUAUGGUGUGUCCACAAUAGUAACUAUUCUGUGCCACCAACAAACAAUUUACAGAUCCUUCAUCUGCAAUCAACUGGCUUACCAAACAUUUGGUCACAAGGAAAGUGUCUUGAUGUGUUUGAUAACCUUCACCAGUUGCAGCUGCUUUUCCUUCAGAACAACUUCAUGCAGUCACUCCCCAAGAACAUUUUCAAGGGGCUCACUUCUUUAUUUUACUUAGAUUUAUCCUUUAACUCCUUGACCUACAUACCAAGUGACAUAUUCCCUGAAAGUCUGAGAUCUCUCGACCUUUCGUACAAUAAUCUUGGUUCUGUUGACCCUCAGGCUUUGAGCACUCUCAGUACAAUUAAGCUGGAUGGGAACCGCUUCCUUUGCGACUGCAGCUUAGGAGACUUCCAAACCUGGCUAAAUGAGACGCAAAAGAAAACCAAUAUUGUAGGCAAUGUCGAGGACCUGAUGUGUGAGUUUCCAGAACAGCAGCAUGGUGUUCCUCUUAUUUACGCUGUACUCUGUGAAGACACAGACAAUGAGAAAAUCGCUGAAAAUCUACGGCUUGCGCUUUUCAUCUGCUGCACGGUUUUUAUUCUGCUAAUCCUCACCUGUGCUGUUGUUUUUGUCCGUCUACGCGGUUACUGCUUCAAGCUUUACAGAAAGGUGAUCAUCACAUUUGUGGAGGGAAGAUCAAAGUCACCUGCCAAUGACAGCUUCUUGUAUGAUGUCUACCUGUGCUUCAGUUCAAAAGACACUGGCUGGGUGGAAAAGGCACUGUUAAAAAAGCUAGACACACAGUUCUCAGAGAAGAACAAUUUCCGUUGCUGUUUCGAGGCACGAGACUUCCUACCAGGGGAAGAUCAUCUAUCCAACAUGCGGAACGCUGUCUGGAACAGUAAGAAAGUAUUGUGCAUUGUCUCCCGUGAGUUCCUCAAGGAUGGCUGGUGUUUGGAGGCUUUCAUGCUGGCCCAGAGCAAGAUGCUGGAGGAGGUCAAGGAUGUCUUGUUGGUGCUUCUUGUUGACAAAAUACCACAGUACAGACUGAUGAAGUAUGAACCCAUCAGGACCUACAUUCAGACCAGGAGAUAUUUGCGCUGGCCAGAGGACAGCCAGGACUUAGAGUGGUUCUACAACCAGAUUAAACAAAGCAUAUUAAAGGGCACCAAAGGCAAACAUGUGAAAACAAAUACUGAAACAAACCACAACGUGACAGACAUUGAAGCAGUCACUGCUUUUUAAUCCACAGAUACUCACAUCAGUGGACUGUGUUUGUUAAUGAUUUGAUUUUCUGAAUAAUUAACGCAACACGCAUAGAGUCUCAAACACAAAAUCAAUACCAUACUGAUGAUAUGAUCACAUAGAAAAAUAAUUCACUUACAUCCUCAGAAGACACAUACUUCAGGUUUUGACAGUUCUCUUUAAAUACUCUUUAAACACUCACAUUCAUCAAUUCAUCUGCUUGGAGAAGGGAUCCAAAGCACAAAAUGUUAUUCUGCACAUGGCAUGCAAUUACACGUUCUCCAAAUACCCAGAACUUAGAGCACAACAUUAAAUACAUUGUUUCAACACACCAUGAAAAAUCUUAAAAGUUAACUAAAAAGUUAACUAAAGAGCAGCCUGCUGUAUCGCAAUGUGCCCUGGCACGUAUACACUUCUUGGGGUGUAUGGUGACAGAAAUGGUAAUUGGAAGGGAGGGGGGGAAAA